GUGCCUGGGAGCGGCCUGCCAGGGGCGGCGGCCUCGGAGUGCGGCGGCGGGCAGCGGCAGAUCGUCCUCUUGCUCGGUGCAGCUCGUGCAGGGCGUGCUACCUCCAGAUCCAUUCGCCUCGCUUUCUCCGGAAGAUCUUGGGGGCUGACGCUCGAGACUCCAUGACACACUCCGAUUCUUCUUGGACUUGGGAGGAGGAUUAAGAGGAAGGUGGCAGCUUUCUGCAUUAGCCUCGACGCGUCUUCCGCACACUCCUUUCUUCUUUGUUUAAUUCUCAAGAAAUGGAAGUCAGUUGAAGUCGGAAGAACUCAUCAAGGCGUUUUGAAGGGGCUCAUAGAGACUUGAAACCUUCAUUCCCUGGCACUAUUAUUUGGCUCACCAGCACUGCACCACCUUGGAGCCUGGUGUGGAAUCCUUUCGUUUUUGGUGGGUGGUGGCAUUCCCCCCGCCUUCCCCUCCUCCCACCCCCCACCGCCAAUGUGGACUACAAAGAAUUUAUUCCUUCUUUGUAAUUUGAAAUGAAAUGAUGGCCACACGUCGGACUGGUCUACCUGAGGGAGAUGGUGACAAGCUCAAGUCCAGCGGGUCCCCUGCCUGUGAGGUGUCAAAGAAUAAAAAUGGAAAAGAGCAAAGUGAAACUGUAUCACCAUCUGAAGAUGAAACAUUCUCCUGGCCAGGUCCCAAAACAGUUACGUUGAAAAGAACAUCUCAAGGCUUUGGUUUUACAUUAAGACAUUUUAUCGUUUAUCCCCCAGAGUCUGCAAUUCAAUUUUCAUAUAAGGAUGAAGAGAAUGGAAACAGAGGAGGAAAACAAAGAAACCACUUGGAACCAAUGGAUACCAUAUUUGUUAAACAGGUUAAAGAAGGAGGACCUGCUUUUGAAGCUGGGUUAUGCACAGGUGACCGAAUUAUAAAAGUCAAUGGAGAAAGUGUUAUUGGAAAGACCUAUUCUCAAGUAAUUGCUUUAAUUCAGAACAGUGAUACAACAUUGGAACUUAGUGUUAUGCCAAAAGAUGAAGACAUUCUCCAAGUGGCAUAUUCUCAAGAUGCCUACCUGAAAGGCAAUGUAGCCUACAGUGGCAAUGCCCACAAUAUUCCUGAACCUCCACCAAUUUGCUAUCCCUGGCUGACAUCUGUUCCUUCAGCUAUGGCACAGCCAGUUGAAAUAUCUCCUCCAGACUCUUCAUUGAGCAAACAGCAAACCAGUACACCAGUACUGAUGCAACCUGGCAGGGCCUAUAGAAUGGAAAUACAAGUGCCUCCAUCACCAACAGAUGUUGCAAAGUCAAACACAGCAGUGUGUGUUUGCAAUGAAAGUGUAAGGACUGUCAUUGUACCUUCUGAGAAGGUUGUAGAUUUGUUAUCUAAUAGACACAACCAUACAGGUCCUUCACAUAGAACUGAAGAAGUGAGGUAUGGCAUAAAUGAACAGACCUCUUUAAAACCAGUGUCAAGAACUACAUCACCAUCAUCAAUUCCCACUGCCCAUCUGAUUCAUCAGACAUCAGGCUCCAGGUCAUUGGAAACUUCUGGAAUUUUACUUAAAUCUGUAAAUUAUACUGUACAUUCAGAAGGACUCUCAAGCAAUAGAUCUCAAGUUGCAGAUUCUCCCUCUGUACCUGUUAAUCACUAUUCUCCAAAUUCCCAUCAGCACAUAGACUGGAAAAACUAUAAAACUUACAAAGAGUAUAUUGAUAACAGACGAUUGCACAUAGGUUGUUGGACAAUUCAAGAAAGAUUAGAUAGCUUAAGAGCAGCAUCCCAGAGCACAACAGAAUAUAACCAGGUGAUACCGAAUCGCACUACUUUGCAGGUACGACGUAGAAGCACCUCUCAUGAUCGAGGGCCCCAGUCUGUUCAGAUACGGCAGCGCAGUGUGUCCCAGGAAAGACUGGAGGACCCUGUGCUAAUGAAGUAUUGUCCAAGGAGCGCAUCUCAAGGAGCACUGAUAUCUCCACCUGUUGGUUUUAGUAAUCAUAGAACUCGUUCAUGGGAUUACAUUGGGGGACAGGAUGAAACCAUAGAAAAUGUCAAUUCUGAGAGUCAAAUCCCUGAUUCAAAUGGAGAACGAAAACAGACUUAUAAAUGGAGUGGAUUUACUGAACAAGAUGAUAGACGGGGUAUUUGUGAAAGACCUAGGCAGCAAGAAAUUCAUAAAUCUUUUCGAGGUUCAAAUUUUUCUGUGGCUCCCAGUUUUGUUAAUUCUGAUAGUAGGCGAAUAAGUGGCAGAGGAAUGGGAUUGGUGUCUCAGUUUAAAAAAAUUCCACCAGAUCUAAAAACACUGCAGUCAAACAGAAAUUUUCAAACUACUUGUGAAAUGUCACCACUUCGAGGUAUUUCACAAGACAGGUCACCUCUUGUGAAAGUUCGAAGCAAUUCUCUGAAAGCGCCUUCUACAUAUGUUGCAAAACCAUCACUUAACCAGAACGCAAUUGCUUCUAUCAAAGACCAAAGACCAGUAAAUCACUUGCAUCAAAACAGUCUAAUAAAUCAGCAGACAUGGUUAAGAACUGAAAGUGCCCCAGAUUACCAAGUGGAGACUGCAAAAUCCCCCUGUUUAUCUGGAGCUUCUGCUAAGCUUGUCCCUCAGAUGAGUGAGAACUCUGGUACUUCAGAUUUUGAAUUGUCUGUCAGUCAAAGAAAUCAAGAUUUAAGUGUACAGGAAGCUGAAAAUCAGCAAUCAAGUAUUUUAGAUAAUAAAGAAACUGUUGUUCUAAGGGAAAAACCUCCAUCUGGUCGCCAAACACCACAGCCUUUAAGGCAUCAGUCAUACAUCUUGGCGGUCAAUGACCAAGAGACUGGGUCAGACACUACAUGCUGGUUACCCAAUGAUGCACGCCGCGAGGUCCAUAUAAAAAGAAUGGAGGAAAGGAAGGCCUCAAGUACCAGUCCACCUGGCGAUUCCUUGGCUUCCAUCCCAUUUAUAGAUGAACCAACUAGCCCUAGCAUUGAUCAUGAUAUUGCACAUAUCCCUGCUUCUGCUGUCAUCUCAGCCUCUACCUCUCAAGUACCUUCUAUAGCAACGGUUCCUCCCAGCCUCACAACAUCAGCUCCUUUAAUUCGACGUCAGCUUUCACAUGACCAUGAAUCUGUCGGACCUCCCAGCCUGGAUGGCCAGCCCAGCUCAAAGACAGAAAGAUCAAAAUCAUAUGAUGAGGGGUUGGAUGAUUACAGAGAAGAUGCAAAAUUGUCCUUUAAACAUGUAACUAGCCUGAAGGGAAUCAAGAUCAUAGACAGCCACAAGUCAUCAGAAGACUCUGGAUCCAGAAAAGACUCCUCUUCAGAGGUUUUCAGUGAUGCUGCCAAGGAAGGGUGGCUCCAUUUUCGACCACUUGUCACUGAUAAGGGCAAGCGAGUUGGUGGAAGUAUUCGACCAUGGAAACAGAUGUAUGUUGUACUUCGGGGUCAUUCACUUUACUUGUACAAAGACAAAAGAGAACAGACGACUCCAUCUGAGGAAGAGCAACCCAUCAGUGUUAAUGCUUGCUUAAUAGACAUCUCUUACAGUGAGACCAAGAGGAAGAAUGUGUUUCGACUUACCACAUCAGAUUGUGAAUGCCUCUUUCAAGCUGAAGACAGAGAUGAUAUGUUAGCAUGGAUCAAGACUAUCCAGGAGAGUAGCAACCUAAAUGAAGAGGACACUGGAGUUACCAAUAGGGAUCUAAUUAGUCGGAGAAUAAAAGAAUAUAAUAGUCUGAUGAGCAGCAAAGCAGAACAGUUGACAAAAACACCUCGCCAGAGUCUCAGCAUCAGGCAGACUUUGCUUGGUGCGAAAUCAGAGGCAAAGACUCAAAGUCCACACUCUCCAAAGGAAGAGUCAGAAAGGAAACUCCUCAGUAAAGAUGAUACCAGUCCCCCAAAAGACAAAGGCACAUGGAGAAAAGGCAUUCCAAGUAUUAUGAGGAAGACAUUUGAAAAAAAGCCUACUGCUACAGGAACGUUUGGUGUCAGACUGGACGACUGCCCCCCAGCUCAUACUAAUCGGUAUAUUCCAUUAAUAGUUGACAUAUGUUGCAAAUUAGUUGAAGAAAGAGGUCUUGAAUAUACAGGUAUUUAUAGAGUUCCUGGAAAUAAUGCAGCCAUCUCGAGUAUGCAAGAAGAACUCAACAAGGGAAUGACUGAUAUUGAUAUACAAGAUGAUAAAUGGCGAGAUUUGAAUGUGAUAAGCAGUCUACUAAAAUCAUUCUUCAGAAAACUCCCUGAACCUCUCUUCACAAAUGAUAAAUAUGCCGACUUUAUUGAAGCCAAUCGUAAAGAAGAUCCUCUAGAGCGUCUGAAAACAUUAAAAAGACUAAUUCAUGAUUUACCUGAACAUCAUUUUGAAACACUUAAGUUUCUUUCGGCUCAUCUGAAGACAGUGGCAGAAAAUUCAGAAAAAAAUAAGAUGGAACCAAGAAAUCUAGCAAUCGUUUUUGGUCCAACUCUUGUAAGAACAUCAGAAGAUAACAUGACACACAUGGUUACUCACAUGCCUGACCAGUAUAAAAUUGUAGAAACACUUAUCCAACACCAUGACUGGUUUUUCACAGAAGAAGGUGCCGAAGAACCUCUUACAACGGUGCAGGAGGAGAGCACAGUAGACACCCAGCCAGUGCCAAACAUAGAUCAUUUACUCACCAACAUUGGAAGGACAGGCGUAUCCCCAGGAGAUGUAUCAGAUUCAGCUACUAGUGACUCAGCUAAAUCUAAGGGUUCUUGGGGAUCUGGAAAGGAGCAAUAUAGCAGAGAACUGCUUGUAUCCUCCAUAUUUGCAGCUGCUAGUCGCAAGAGGAAAAAGCCCAAAGAAAAAGCACAACCUAGCAGCUCAGAAGAUGAAUUGGACACUGUAUUUUUUAAGAAAGAAAAUGCAGAACAGUGUCAUGAUGAUAUUAAAGAAGAGUCCAAAAAAGAGAGCGAGACAUUGGGCAGAAAACAAAGGAUCAUCGUUUCAAAAGACAGCAGUGCAACAAAAGAUGAGAAGACAUCACUACAAAAAGACAGUAUACCAUCUGAAGAACCCUCACCGCCACACAAUUCAAGACACAAUAAGUCACCGACUCUUAACAGCCGCUUCACCAUACUGAAAGAGAGCCCUAAAUCACUUUUGAUGCAAAAGUCCUCCCACUUUGAAGAGACAGGGUCUGACUCUGGCACUUUGCUCAGCACUUCUUCCCAGGCUUCUCUGGCAAGGUUUUCCACCAAGAAAUCAACCAGUCCAGAAACUAAACACAGCGAGUUUUUAGCCAAUGUCAGCACCAUCACCUCAGAUUACUCAACUACUUCAUCUACCACAUAUCUGACCAGCCUUGACUCCAGUCGGCUGAGCCCAGAGGUGCAAUCAGUGGCAGAAAGUAAGGGCGACGAAGCUGAUGACGAGAGAAGUGAACUGAUCAGUGAAGGGAGGCCUGUGGAGACAGACAGUGAGAAUGAUUUUCCUGUUUUUCCCACAGCUUUGACAUCAGAGAGGCUUUUCCGAGGGAAAGUACAAGAAGUUACUAAGACAAGCCGGAGAAAUUCUGAAGGAAGUGAAGUAAGUUGUACUGACGGAAGUUUAACACCAAGUUUAGAUAGCCGGAGGCAACUCUUUAGUUCACAUAAACUUAUUGAAUGUGAUACACUUUCCAGAAAAAAAUCUGCUAGAUUUAAGUCAGACAGUGGAAGUCUAGGAGAUGCCAAGAAUGAGAAGGAAACACCUUCAAUAACUAAAGUGUUUGAUGUUAUGAAAAAAGGAAAAUCAACUGGGAGUUUGCUAACACCAACCAGAAGUGAAUCAGAAAAGCAGGAACCCACUUGGAAAAUGAAAAUAGCAGAUCGCUUAAAACUGCGACCAAAAGCACCUGCAGAUGAUAUGUUUGGAGUGGGAAAUCAAAAAACAAGUGGUGAAACUGCAAAAAGGAAAAACAUCAAACGUAGACAUACGCUGGGAGGGCAUAGAGAUGCUACUGAAAUAAGUGUUUUGAAUUUUUGGAAAGCACAUGAGCAGAGCGGGGAGAGAGACUCUGAACUGUCAGCUGUAAAUCGGUUAAAACCAAAAUGCUCAGCCCAGGACCUGUCAAUCUCAGACUGGCUUGCAAGGGAGCGCUUACGCCCCGGUACACCCGACCUUAGCAGAAGAGAGCCUGGAGCCCCGCAGCUUGAGAAUACUAGCACAUUAGAAGUGUCCACGACAGAUACAGCGUUGUCUUUUCAGUCCGAUGCAGGCAGUUCUCCCAGUAUCUUGGCUUCAACUAGUAAGCCCCUUCUUUCCAUACCACCACAGUCACCUGACCAAGUAAAUGGAGAAAGCUUCCAGAAUGUGGACCAAAAUGCUAGUUCUGCAGCUAAUGCCCAAUCUCAUAAACUGUCUGAAACCCCAGGCAAUAAAGCGCAGUUUCAUCCCUGUCUUUAAGCUGGGGGUAUGUCCACUACAGCAAAUAAAAAGCUACUGUUACAUGUUCCAGUAACUCUGUAAAUAUUUUCUUGUACCAGAACUGAUAUUAUGCAGCCUUCAUUUGGGCUGGUUUCAUCAUUUUGCACUGUGAAAUAGCUUUACAGUGCAUUACGACAGCCAGAAGAACAUAUAUAUAUAUAUAUUUAAAAAUAUAUUGGAUAGUUGUAUACAAAUGAGCAAGGUAUUUGUUGCAACUUACUACAUAGUGUAUACCCAAGAUUACUGAAGAAAAUAGCUGGCAUUAGUAUGUAGCAAAAUGUGUUCUUUUGGUUUCAUCACUAACAAAAGUGCCUCAUCAUAAAAAAUACAUUUGGUUUUAGGGUGCCAUAUUGUUAAAAUUAGAUAACUUACAUUGAAUAAAUGAAUGCAUUUUAUUGGUGACAAAUUUCAUUACAUUUACCAGUUUUAACACAGGUGGAUACACAAUUUUCAUUCUUUAGUCAUUCCAGGUGGAUAUCUGAGUUUUAUAUUCAAGCUUUUAAUACAGUUUUUGAGUUUUGUGUGACUUGAAUUUUUAAUCUUUCUGUAAAAUACGUAACUUAAAUGAACAUAUAUGUGUAUCUUUUCUUCAGAUACCAGAUUUGAUAUAAAUGUUGUAACAUAGGUAUGUAGAUAGUGAAUCCUGGAUGGAACUGGCUUCUUUAUUGAGAAGAAUAUAAUUCUGCAUGAGGACUUAAUGAAUCCAAACCUGUGUCAUGCCGAUGUGCAUACCCAAUUAAACACUGGAAAUAAAAAUUGUUUUGGUGAACUUUGUAUGGCCUGGAACUUAAUUCUAAUGACAUAUUUUUAAAUGUCACCUAUUAAUAACUGCCUUAUAUGAUUAAUUGGUCCUAACUUUUAAAAACUUACCUGCUAUAUUUAUACAUCCCACCUCCUCUUUUUUGCUGAGCCUGGCAGGGAUCUUUUAUACAUGCUCACAUUGGUGUAACCUCCCUCCUGUACAUAAACAAUUUUUAACUUCUAUAAGUAAUAUAUGUAGUUUACCUUUCCUUGUAGGGCACUGGGUGAAAAGAACAUGAGUUUGGGAGUCAAACCAACUGUACAGUUCCUAGGUAUGUAAACUUAGACAAAUUAUUUAACUUGUCUGGAUUUGUUUCCUCUUAUAAACAUAAUAAUAGUACCUAUUAUAAGGGUGGUUAUUAGAUUUAAGUGAGAUGCUGUUCCAAAUAUAAUGCCUGCCACACAUUAGUUACAAAGUAUAUCAGGGCUGUU